CUCUCUUACAAUUUCAAUCUCACUCUGUACCAGAGGGACGCCCGUUGGAGCUUCUCUCUCUCUCUCUCUCUCUCUCGCUUUCUCUCAUUCUGCUUCAAUGGAGAUUUUCUACUUCCUGGUGUUUGGAGGAUUGUCUCUUGUUGUUGCAGCUCUCGAGCUCACCAAAACCAACAAGGACCGGAUCAAUACGCCUUCCGCUUUCAAUGCCUUCAAGAACAAUUACCUUCUCGUUUACUCUCUCAUGAUGGCUGGGGACUGGUUGCAGGGCCCAUACGUAUACUACCUUUACAGUCAGUAUGGCUUUGGUAAAGGAGAGAUCGGUCAGCUUUUCAUUGCUGGUUUUGGGUCCUCCAUGUUGUUUGGUACAAUUGUUGGUUCUCUUGCUGAUAAACAAGGUCGAAAGAGGGCUUGCAUUACUUAUUGUAUUACAUACAUUCUGAGUUGCAUCACCAAGCAUUCUCCUGAGUACAAGGUUCUAAUGUUGGGCCGUGUUUUGGGAGGUAUUGCCACUUCGCUCCUCUUUUCAGCAUUUGAGUCAUGGCUUGUUGCAGAGCACAAUAAGAGGGGCUUUGAACAGCAAUGGUUGUCUAUUACAUUCUCAAAGGCUAUAUUUCUUGGCAAUGGUCUUAUUGCAAUUCUUGCUGGGUUGUUUGGGAAUGUACUAGUUGAUAGUCUGUCUCUUGGACCAGUGGCACCUUUUGAUGCCGCUGCAUGCUUUCUUGCAAUUGGUAUGGCCAUUAUUAUGUCAUCUUGGACUGAGAACUAUGGGGAUCCAUCAGAGAAUAAGGAUCUGCUCACCCAAUUCAGAGGGGCUGCUGUUGCCAUUGCGUCUGAUGAGAAGAUCGCUCUGCUGGGUGCUAUCCAGUCUCUAUUUGAAGGUUCAAUGUACACCUUUGUGUUCCUCUGGACACCUGCUCUUAGCCCAAAUAAUGAGGAUAUUCCCCAUGGCUUUAUCUUUGCAACAUUCAUGUUGGCUUCAAUGCUCGGAAGUUCCCUUGCAUCUAGGUUGAUGGCUCGAAAUUCACCAAAAGUUGAGAGCUAUAUGCAGAUUGUUUUCAUUGUCUCAUCUGCCUCUCUUGUACUUCCGAUUGUGACCAGUUUCUUGGUAGCUCCAUCAGAUGUGAAAGGUGGAAGCAUCUCCUUCGCAGGCUGUAUUCAGUUGCUUGGCUUCUGUGUUUUUGAGGCCUGCGUUGGUAUAUUUUGGCCUUCCAUAAUGAAGAUGAGAUCACAGUACAUUCCUGAGGAGGCUAGAAGUACCAUCAUGAACUUCUUCCGCAUUCCUCUCAACAUCUUCGUCUGUGUGGUGCUGUAUAAUGUGGAUGCUUUCCCCAUCGCUGUGAUGUUUGGCAUGUGCGCCAUUUUCCUCUUUGUGGCAUCGAUUUUACAGAGGCGGCUUCAGGCAAUUGCUGAGAAACCAAAGAGUGGAGACUGGGGAUUGAGUGAAAAGAAUACCGAGGCAGAUCCGUUAAACAUCUAACUGAUGUUGUGAAGGAUGGACCACGGGUACUUAUUGGGAGGUUAGAACAUGAACCCUUGAUUCAUCUUGUAUACAGCAGCAGCUUCUUGAGUAGCUGAUAUAAUAUUUUGAAGAAUGAAACUGUACACGAAUAGUGGUCUGCUCAUCCAAGGAAAGAAAAUGAAACAAAACAAAAAGAAAAAAAAGAAAAAAAAGAGUAAAGGCUGCUUAGUUGACAAAUUAUGUUUUCAUCAAUUUUUGGGCUUCUUCACAAGUGUCAUUAAAGUAGAGCUUGUUUAGAGAUCUCUUCAGCAAUUGUUGUGGGGAAUUUUCUGAGUUCAAUCCUGGAUUUAUCUGAACUUGUAAUCAAAGAUUCCAAAUUUUUCGUUA